AGCGUUGGUUCGUGUGUAGCUUGUCGCACACGGAACCGUUUUUCUUUCACUGUUAACGCCCGGAUGACAAUAUCGGGAGCACCCAUUCCAAUAUGGCGAGGCAUCUACGUUUCAUAGCUCGGACUGUGAUGGUAGAAGAUGGGAACGUUGACGCAGCGUAUAAGACUUUAAACAGAUUCCUGAGUCAGGACGGGGUUGUUGACGCGGUGAAGCGCAAGCGCUACUUUGAGAAGCCCUGCAGAGAGCGCCAGCGGAAGAACUUUGAGAACUGUCGGCGAAUUUACCACACGGAGAUGGCUCGAAAAAUUGCCUUCAUCUCCAGGACGAACAGAGAGGAUCCGUGGAUCGGGUGCUAGGAAGAUGGAGCGUGUUGAAGAUCAGCUUUGAACAGUGAACUUACUAAGCACAGUGGCAGAAAAACAACAGCCUGUCACAUCUGAAGGCAAAUUUUGUACAUACGGACAAAAGUGGCUGGGGCAUCGUUUGAUAGGAUAAAAAAGAAGCAAAUGUUUGUCAGCAUGCAUACUUUGUGAAGUGUAUUUCUUCACUACAUUUGGCAUGUUGGCAGCAGGAUAGGGUGAAAUAAUGUUUCAUGCAUUUUCAACCUCUCCAAUAAAUAAAUGACCAGUAUUUGUGAGACAUAUAUUUAUUUUAGCAACAAAGAUACAAUGGUUUUAUUUUCCUCCCCACGGAGAGAAAGUUCAGAGUGUAUUCAAUGUGAUUUUAUUUGAUUUAAGAUGUUCACACUGUUCGCCGCCCAAACUCAGCAGCAGUUUUGUAGGUCAUAGGUCAACGCCGCACAGUUUUGCCAUAACGUUGUCACACAUUUCCCCAAAUGCACACAAAUCCUAUAAAAGAGCAUACUUGCCUUUGCUCUUCCACUCGCAGUGACAGUUGAUCAUUUUUGGCAUGCUUGCUUGUCUACAAGGUUAGCCUAUGUUUAGCCUAUGGCCACCACAGCCAUUUUACACAGUUUACACUGACUGGUGCCACAUAUGAGUAUUUUUUUUAAAUGAUCAGCACGUAAAACACGUGCUGUUCAGUUUUGUUCAUCUUGUGUACAUCUAUUAUAUGUUAAUGUGUGGGCACAAAAAAAUAGUCUUAUGAGAUGAUAUUUCUUAUGUUUAAGCUUUCUACAUUGGUAGAAAAAGAAAAUAGCACAUCUGGUUUUCUUUUUUUAUUGGACAUGUGACCAGUGUUGCAAUAUUUAACAACCUUAUAAAAGAUUUUUCUCAUAUCUUGCUUCAAUAGUCUAAAGUUCAGGAUUGACCCAACAAAUCAGAGCGUUUUAUAUCCAGGUAUGGUGCGGGUUUCUUUGCAUGGGCUACAAUUCUUUGAGCUUCACCAAAAUCACAUGACAAACAUUUUUCAUGACACUUAAUCUGACCACAACAUAAAUUGUAACAUCUGUAUUGUAGGAUGAAUUAUUCCUGUCUCUUAUUCUCAAAUUAUUAGUACUAUGUGGUUGAAAUAUUUGCAGAAAAGACAAGAAAAACUAUGGGCAUUUCAAGUGAAGACCGGAGUCACUGUUCAAGAAAUAUUUCACUCGGGUUGUCAAAGGUUUUGGAAGAAAGAUAACCUGGACUCUGUCUCCAUGGAAAGAAUAUUUUAACACUUACAAUAACUACCUCUAAAAAAUGAAAUCCUAAUUAAAAGUCAGUCAACAAAUGCCACAGGGAACAUUUUCACUGCGGUGAACUCAUCAUGAAAGCUGACUCAGGUAAAACACUGUGUUAUCAAGCCAACAUUAUAUAUGGGGUUGGCUUUUUAAUAUCUUUUUUUCAAGUAGCUAUUAAAGAACAUUUUA